AUGAGUUCAUCAGAAGCCAAGAAAGCUGGCGGGCCAAAUGCCGUAGGCAGUUCUUUAUCUAGAUUUACAGAGUUAUUCAAGACAUUGCAGUUUGCGUGGUUCUCAGGGCAUGUUGUUGUGUUGGUGAUGUCAUCGUUGUAUGUGCUCUCUUUGCGUGGAUCUUCAGGGUUUCAUCAGGUUCUUUAUUCUCUGUUGUAUUUGGGGGUGCUGGGAUCGUUCGGCAUCAUUGUUUACCAACAUCAUUUUAAGACGGGACAAAAACAGCAGGAGCAGGGACAGCAGAAGGCGCAGCCAAAAGCGCAGCUCAGUGUCAAGGAGUUAGUGCAGGAUGAGAAUUUCUUGUACUGUUUGCUCGCGGUUCUAUGGUUGGUGACGCCUCGUUUCUUCAUGACAAUCCCUCCCUUUUUCAUUUUCUCAGCUUUCCAUGCACUCACCUAUGUCAAGAGUGUCUUUUUGCCCGUGGUUUUCAGCUGCGACGACCAAAAUGCAACUGUACAAUUCAUCUCCAGCUUUCUCCGCGAGAACCACAACAAGUCGCUGAGCUGGUCGUGCACCAGUGAGCUACUAUGCUUCGUUGUUGUCAUUGUGCGCGCGGUUGCGUGGCGCCGCAGAUCGUGGAUCGUUCUUGUGCUGUACUCGCUCUUUGUGAAGGCCAGAUACGAACGCUCUGCCAACAUGCGUGCGGUGCUGCGCAAGUGGGAAGUCCGCCUCGACGGCAUCGUGUCGCAUCCCAGCGUGCCCCCCAGGCUCAAGCAGGUGUACGCUUCUUCGAAAAUGCAACUGCGCAAGCUAAGCAACUAUUCACUAACGUCCGGGCUGUUCUCAUCGCGCAGCAGCCCAGCUGCUGCUCCUUCGUCUUCCAAGAAGGACUAA